AUGAUUCCUCUCCUAGUCAAAAACGUGCAAUGUGCCACUGUGUUAUCAGACAUUUUGCGUCGAUGCACCCAUUCAGCUCCGGGUUUGGCAAACACCGACGGGAAACGAAGAGCUGUGAAGUUAUUGUCGUAUGAUAAACAGCCAUUGAGACAACUUAUGGAAGCAACCAUCUGUGCAUAUAUCAAUACAACUCAUUCAAAACUCACGCACAUCAGUCCGCGUCACUAUGGUGAUUUUAUAGACUUCCUCAGUAAAGCGCGGGAAACAUUCCUUCUCGCCCAUGACGGUCAUAUGCAGUUUACGCAGUUGAUAGAAAGCAUGAAACUUGUGUAUAAAGGAAAGAAAAAGCUGAUGUCUUUGAUCAAAGAAAGAUUUGGAUUGUGA